ACUAAAACCAUCAUGCUCCAUUCAUUCAGUUACACUUUCACAUUUCUCUUCACUACUCUUCUCUUCACAUCAUCAUCAUCAACAUCUUCACACAUUGCUUCACCACCAGCCACCAAAAUAUUCAUCACAAACCACAACAUUCAAAGCUUCACCAAUGCUGGUAAAGGCAACAUCAUCACAGGAAUAUCACAAUUCAAAAGGUACCUCUCUCGUUUUGGUUACCUUAAAAACAACAAAUCAUUCAACGACGAAUUUGAUGCGAGUUUCGAAUCAGCUCUCAUCAAAUACCAAAGGAAUCUUGGACUGCAAGUAACUGGAAAAUUCGACUCUGACACACUUUCUCAAAUGAUCACACCAAGAUGCGGCGUCCCUGACACAACCAACACUCAUCAUCACCAUCAUAAUGAUGAUAUUCAUAACAUGACACAUUUUGUUUAUUUUCCUGGAAAACCAAGAUGGUCACGUGACAAUGACAUGCCAAUCACACUAACCUAUAGCUUCUCACGUGACUACAUGAUACAUAGUUUGAGCUUACAAGAGAUAAGAAAAACUUUCAAAAGAGCAUUCUCUAAAUGGAGUAUUGUCAUUCCUGUAAUUUUCCUCGAAUCCAAGGAUUACGGCUUCGCAGACAUAAAAAUAGGGUUUUAUAGCGGUGACCAUGGCGACGGUGAACCAUUUGAUGGUGUUCUCGGUGUGUUAGCACAUUCGUUCUCCCCGGAGAUUGGAAGACUCCACCUCGAUGCGGCCGAGACAUGGGCGGUUGAUUUCGGAGUAACGAAAUCGGAAGUGGCAGUUGAUUUGGAGUCAGUUGCUACACAUGAGAUUGGACAUUUGUUGGGUUUGUCACAUAGUAGUGUGAGAGAGGCAGUGAUGUAUCCAAGUUUAAGGCCAAGAGAUAGAAGAGCUGAUUUGAAUAUUGAUGAUAUCAAAGGUGUGCAAUCUCUAUAUGGUUCUAAUCCUAAUUUUAGAUCUCAGUGGUCAUUGGAAUCUGAUAUUUCCACUAAUCAUGCUGCAAAGUUUACUUUUAGGUUGUCUAUUAUUGGUUUCACUAUUGUAAUUGCAUUAUUCCUAUAGUUCUAUAAUAUGAACCUUAACUAUUUAAUUAUAUUAGUUGUAAUUAUUCUCUCCACUUUGUGUAAUUUUAAUUAUAAAAAAGCAGUCCAUA